AUGUCGCAAGCAAGAUCGUGCGUGGUCCCUCACAUUGUUUUCCACUUACUGAAGCUAGUUGACAAUAGCGCAGAUGUCAUUGUCUUCGCCGCAGGCAAGGACGGUGAAGAGAUGUCCCAUUACAGCAAAAUGAGCCAAAUCGGAAGCACCAGUGCCGCCAAGAACAGCAUUUUUGUUGGUGCUACAGAGUCCCGUCGACCUUCCAUUAAGCUGAAAUAUAACCCAGAGGGGCUUAUUGGACACCCAGACAAAAUUGCAUACAACAGCUCACGAGGACUUACAUUCCACAAGAUUAUUAAGCCAGAUGUUGUGGCUCCGGGCGUUGCCAUCCUCAGCACAUGCUCGCGCCACGAAGCCGUAGCAACUAGGCGUCAAGACUUUGGCCAGACUCACGACAACAACUGGAUGUUCUGUUCUGGCACGAGCAUGGCCGCUCCCCUAGUGUCGGACUUCUGUGCGGUACUGCGCGAGGCACUGCAGUCAAAGAAGAUGGCUGAUCCUAGCGCUGCUCUCAUCAAGGCAUUGUUGGUCAACGGGGCCGACGAUCUCAGGCUACCUAAGCCUGACCGGGGAUUUUGCCUAGUCAACCUGAAGGAAUCCCUUCGCUGUGUGGUGGAGCCUGGCCCGGGGGAGCAGGUUGGCUUCGAGGAUGUGGGUGGUGAGAACGCUUUAAAGGAGGAUGAGACGUGGCCGCUGGAACCAAGGAAGAUCGAUUUUACGGGAGACCGGACCGGGACUCAGAGGGUCACUUUAGCAUACUCGGAUCCCCCAGGAGAGAAUCUGCAAAAUAAUCUGACACUCAAGGUCAAUAUCGAACAGCAGUCUGGGGCCUCAGAGGAACAAAGGGGCGAUGAGGGUUUCGUGGCGGAGAACAACGUCGAGCAGGUGAAAUGGGAUACAACAUCAAAGGAUAGGGCGGCUAUUAUCACCGUUAGAGCCGACAGAAUUGCUCAGCUUGAAGGCUCGCAGCCUUUUGCUGUGGUGUGGGGUAUUUACUAA